CGAGCGCCGGCCCAGGUGAGGCGAGGCGGGACAUGCCGGCUCCUCCCCUCCUCACCGGGCUCCAGGUGUCGUUGGCAGCUCCCGCUCGGCAGUUGAGGGAGCCGUGGCGGCGGCGGGGCGGGAGAAUGGCGGACUCUCAGCUGCUGUGCCUGGACGACGCUCACGUGAACGAGAGGGUCAGCGAGCACCACCCGCGCUACUACUACAGCGAGGAGCAGCGGAGGGCGCUGGAAGUCCUGCUGGCCAAGGGGGAGAAGGCGUACAAGGAGCGCCUGAAGAAGGACCAGCUGCGAGACUUCCUCUCCAGCCGGGAGCUGCAGGCCUUGCGGGGCGGUUGGCGCGCUUACGAUGCCCACCUCGAGGGGGGCAAGCCGGUCCCCGGCCCUUCGGGGAAGCCCCUGUCCUUGGCUUACUGGCCCGAGAGAUCCGACACCGAGAUCCCGCCGCUGGACAUGGGCUGGACCAACACUUUCUACCGGGGAGUCAGCCGCCUCGGGCUGUAUACGCACCCGCGCAAGGAAGACAACGCGCCUCACGUCAAGCAAGUGGCGCGCGAAAUGAUCCAGCAGGCGCAGAAGAUUAUAGCAGUAGUCAUGGACCAGUUCACUGACAGGGACAUCUUCCGGGAUAUUGUAGAUGCAUCAUACAAGCGUCGGAUCCCUGUUUAUAUCAUCUUGGAUGAAGAAGGCUGUAAAUUUUUCCUGGAAAUGUGCAAAGGCAUGGAGCUGAGUGAUUUCUAUAUCCGGAAUAUCCGUGUGCGUUGUGUGACUGGAGUUGGGUUCUACAUGCCAUCAGGGAAGAUCCAAGGCAACUUGGCUACACGCUUCCUGAUGGUGGAUGGUGAAAAAGUUCUUACUGGAUCGUACAGUUUCACAUGGACCUCAUCUCACAUAGACAGAAACAUGGUCUUGUACUUGACUGGGCAGCAUGUGGAGAUGUUUGAUAUCGAAUUCCGUGAACUUUAUGCUAUUUCAGAGGAGGUCAACCUCUACAAGGAGCUGAACCUUCCAUGCCCUUUCCGCCAAGGUGUUGGGAGAAUGGGAUUUUCCUCCUCUACAGUGGCCCGGAAAGCCAUCAGCCCAAAAUAUGGACUGGUAGUGGCAGUUCCCCCAGGGGAAAUGAUGCGCUGGGCCUCCCACCAGAGGCACGAGUCACAAGGGACUCAAGAAGGACAGGAAGAAGAAAGUGAGUCUAAUAGGCGACUACAAACUUUUCUGAAUGACCUUAUCACGGUGGAGCAAGUGCUGCCAGAUAUUGAACCUCCACUUGAGGACCUGAGCAGAGGAAACCGGAGUCCUCAGAAACUACUUUCCCUAUUAAAAUCCAAAUCCAAAUCCAGGGAGUCCAUCCGUGACCUCAGGAAGGAUGAUGUUGCCAAUGGGGAAGCUGGUUCCAAACCAGUCAAGAGGUUUGGCAGUGGAUUUUUCAGACGGGCCAAGCGGCCACCACCCUUCAAUGCUGAUGCCAGUUCCAUUGCCAGUGAUAUUGCUGAAGACUUUGUGAUUGUGAAGACUGGAAAGGAAAGCCAGGCUAACCCUCGCCCUGUCAGCGUCCGUAGUAGUGGGGCUAAUUCAGAAAGAAUGAGACCAAGCUCCCCUUCGGGGGACAGAGCCAAACAGUCCAACUGUGUGGUGUCAUGAUCUGAGGAAAACAACUACGGGAAAACUGAGAACCCAAAGAGACAAGUGUGGCUGUGGAAUAUACAGCUGUGGGCUGAUUUCAAACCUACAGUCCCAAGUUCUUCACAAUGGUCUGUAUCAACACUCUACUGUCAAGGACGGAGCUGGUACAUCCAGCUAAAGUGCACAUGCAGAGUAAAACACAUGACAUGGAAGAUUCCUAUGUGGAGAGGUAGCAGCCUGAAUUAAAUAACAGUGAUAAGUGGAGCUUGGAGUUUAAAUCUGUGCUCACAUACAUGUAGGGGUGUUUUCUAUUUCUAUGUGUUGCUUCUUAAAUUUGGUUACAGACUUAAGAAGAACACGGUUAUAUUGUUGAUAAUUGUACCUUACUGCUGUUGAUUUUGUGAGUCAGAAACACAAAUCAGAGUUAAAGGGUAGAAUCCAGAGAAGAUGGUCAAAGCUGGGGAUUUUGCAUGUCUGAGGCAGCAUUUCUCAAACAUCCUAACAUCUCCAAUCAUCUACACACCUUUAACAUUUACUAGAUCUUCUGCACCUCCUAUAACCUUUUCUGUAAUCCUAAUGUAUGGAUAGCCAACAUGCGGCACGGGUGCUGGCAGUGACAAAGACAAGAGGGGCUGUGGAAUUGCUAGAGAAGGUCUGGUGGGCUCAUGCCCCCAGCUAUGGCACAGAGUUGGGCAUAUGCUCCUGCUUCCUUCUGCCGAGCUGCACAACUCCCUACCUAGACUAAAAUAGUUAUGCUAAGGACCUGGGAGCUGCAUGUAUAUUGUACAGUGGCACUAGUUCAGAACCUCAAGUUCAUGGGCCAUAUGCAGCCCUUCAGGCCUCUCCCUCUGGGCCAGACUCCUUCACCAACCACACCCCCUGCCAGACCUGCUUUGCACCCUCCUUGAGUGUUUUUGUCUGGUUGGAAUGAUGUGUCCUUGAAGCCUGCUGUAACAAACAUAAAAUUAACAUUCGUUGCUGAGCCCACCAGUGACAUGUAGCCUCUGGAAAGUUGCCCAGAAGGUAACGCGGCCCUCUGCCCAUCACUAAUCUAAUGGGACUUGCAAACUUAUAAAAAUGCACUAAAUUAUAUGUGCUGCCCCCACUUCCCCUGAUGACUCCUGAUUUCCAUUGGGAGGGGGUGGUCUAAGGAUUUCUGUACGUGUUCGUGGCUCCUCUUCAGACAUCUAUUAAGAUUGCUCUGGGCAAUGAAGAAAGAGUCAGUGAAAUUGAUAUCCAAUUCCUCUUCAUUCCAUAUAGAGCUUGACAUUUAAGCAAAUUUUAUGCCCUAUAAUGGUUAUUUGGAUGAAAGCAUGGGGCAUAAUGCCAGGUGAUGCUUAUUAAGGUGUGCAGGUGAGAUUCUACAUGGUCUCUAUUAAAAAAAACACAACUUAAAAGAUGCACUAAUAAGAGUAGCAGGUGGCAAAACAAUGCAAGAUUGGUAUAGAUGAAAUCAUUUAAUCUUCCCUUGCAUCUCGUUACUUUUGUCCAGAUUUAUAAUGACAAAUGAUUAAACGUACCUAAUUCAGUUACUUAUUCCAGCGUUUAAAAAGUCAAGGUUGUCAGUGCAGAGUCCCACUACUUUAUACACGCCCAGUGGAUUAAUUCAAUAUAAGGACAUUUGUUUUCCAGACAGCUGUCCUAUAGUCAGUCUAUGGCUUUAUGCUGCCUUAAACAGUAGCUUUCAAGCCCUACCAGAGGCUGUCUGCCUUUUUGUAUCCAGCCUGUCUGUUACAGAAUACUAAUCAGCAGAGAGUGAGGUGCAGAGUUUGCCUUGUUUAACACACAUGCUAGCUCUGUUUGAGAAUGUUCAGUAAGAAAUACGUCCAAGAGAAAAUGUCACACACACUGUGCUUUCGAAUUGCCUGCUGUGUCAGCUUUUAUAGCAAGGGAUCUUCUAGAAAUUGGAUUACAUUUGGGUGGCUGAGGGGUUGCGGGUGGGGGAGCCCAUGCCUAGCCAACCAUCUAUUUAUUAGUGCUAUUUAACAUUGAUUUAAUGGUAUGCGGGGCACGUGCUGUACUCUGCCUGGAAGCUGUUCAUUACAGCGAUUUCCCUUCCUCUGUACACAUGGCUAAACUGGAUUCCAUGGAGAUGAACGGUGUAUUAAAACCACAGUGGUAUUCACCCACUUACCCAUCUACCUUCAGAUGGCCAACUUUCAGCCAGACAUGGUAUAUGCACGCAAUACAUUUAACUUCCAAGUGGGAUGAUUGUACUUCAAAAAUAUAUCAAUGCAACCAUUGUUGUAAUAGUGACAGCCUCUGCCUUCACUCUGCUGAACAUAAGCAGUUCACUUAUGUCAAAACUGCCUUGAAUCCCUUGAAAAAGGUAGUCUGUUUUGAUUUGGAGUAGCUCCAAUUGAAAAAUAUGUAACUAUUAAAACAUCCGGGCAAAUUUAUAUUUAAAGGGUAAAGGUGCACUUGCAAGUUUUUACAGGGCUCAAUCAUGCAUUCCAAAAACUAUAAAUCCAAGUAGGUUUUGUUUUUGUUUUUAGAACAAGUAACAAGGGGGGGGAGGUGUCCCAUGAAUUGUUCCCAUCUAUCCCCAGAUACUUUUUUUGUGGCUCUUGUAUUUGUUCAUGAUCUUAAAAAGCCACUUGAUUUCAAAAGUGUUUCAUGAUUGUGGAUAUGUAUUUUUAAAUGUGAUGAUGCUUUUUGUUGUUGAAAUGCAGAAACCACAAAAUGAAAUCAAACUAAAUCUUGAACAUCAUGUUUUUCUACAGGCGCAGAUAAUUUGAAGGGACUGAUUGAUGUGUCUGAAUGUUUUAACACCCAGAUGAAAUUAGAAUUGUGCUUUAGAAUGAUAGUAAUACCCAUUGUAUUGCAAUGCAAUUCAAAAUAUGCUCAGGUGCAUUCAGAUGUGCAUGCAAACAAGGCCUGAAUUGUUUCUAUUUGACUGCUGAAGCCCAGUUUCCCCUAUUUGAUAGAUGUAUCAGUCAGCAAAUCAAUUUCUGGUCUAAUAGUUCAGCGUUAGUCAACCCAGUGCCCUUCAGAUGUUGGAUGGGGAAUCCCAGCAUCACAGAUGAUUAGACAUGCUGGCUGAAGCUGGUGGGAAUUGGAAUCCAACAUCAACUGUGAACUGCCCUGAGAUCGUAUGAUGAAGGGUGGUAUAUAAAUCUAAUAAACCAUCUGGAUAGCACUACGUAGCUACUGCUUCAAUAGUCAGAUCUUGGUUCCCAUGUCCACCAUUUUAAAAUGUACCUUUUUAAACUUUGAAAUUGCUGCAUGAGCAAUUUGUGUGCAAACAUUGGCAAAUUGUUUCGGGGGAGGGAGAGAGGAGUUUAGUGAUGAUACCUGUUUAGGGCCAAUUAGUACUGUGCUUUUGCUGCAAAGGCUAAUGGUUUUUCUUGAACUUGAUCCCGAAGAUAAGUUAAUAUAUUUUAAUAAAAACAUGAGUGUGUUUUGAUGAUGGGUUUACCACUCAAAUCAUGUUCAUAUGUACACACCCUUCUUUAUGGGCAGCUUCAACUGCAAUUAAAUUCUCCAACAAUCAGAUCUACACAAGGGGUUUGCACAUUGACAGCGGUAUUGGGAACAGAACUUUCAUGAGGAAGAUGUACAAGCACAUAUUGCACACAAAAAACCCAAUGCUACACAAAUUGCUCUUUGGAAUCUGUACAGAUAACCAUUUCAGAACACAUUCUACUAGAGAUGUGUAGCAAAGUUUAACACUAAGUCAACUAAACUAUGCCUGGGGUGAACAAAGUAGCCUGUCAUCAGGUAUUCUAUUCUAUGUUGGUUUAGUUGUGUCACUCCGCCCGAGUCAUAACCAGAAGGUCUCUGUUUCAUUCCCUGGCAUCACCAGUUAAAAGGAUCUUCGGUAGCAAGUGAUGAGAAAUUGCAGAGGUGCUGUCAGUCAGUGUGGACAAUACUUGGCUAGAGGAACAGAUAGUGUGACUUCAUGCAGCAAUUUCCUCUGUGUGUGAGAGAGGGAAUGAGGGUCUGGCUGACUUGGUGAGAGUACAGAACAUUUACUUACCGAAGUUUUUAAUGGCGUCUGAAGCUGAUCUAUAUUGUGCUAGCAAGCAGACCUUGUCAUUGCUGAGGCUUUGAUAUAUGCAGGUUAUAAAUCUACACGUAAUAAUACGCACCUACGUUCCAUUUAAGUUGGUGUGAUUUAAGAGGGCAUAAAAGAGAUCAAGAUUUCAGUCUGAGUUUGCAAUUAAUUGAUUAUCAUCUUAUAAACAUUUUAGGAACCAUUCGUUCUAGUCUCUCCCUGAAAUCUGGUAGCAUAGUGGAACUGAAGCCUCUCAUACAUGUGAAUGUUAUGCAAGUGAUGUUUAGUGAUUUUAUUUGUGCAGUAUACUUCUGUAACUUAUGCUAAAAGUGUUGUGUAUAUUUGGAAUUUAUUUCAUUACAUUGCACAGGAUUGAAGAUAAGUGGAUCUGGUCAUAAUUCUAAAAUAAUGUCUUUGAAAAUUCACCACUUUCCUUCAGUCCCUUGAAACUUUCUGUUUCUCCAUGAUGAACAGAUUUUGAUUAAAAACUUAUCUCAGGAGUUUAUUAGAAGAUUCAUCUCAUAGCCUGUCGACUUAUUGUAUACCCAUCUUCUGAGUAAUUUUCAUCAAUAUUUUUAAAGGUCUUCAAUACUUCCUAGUUAUCCAGAAAUUAUUUGGUGCACAUUUCCCAUUAAGGCUAGGCUUAAAAGGAAAUCUUUCAGCUGACUUUCAGCUAUUUAAUUUAACCCUGUGCUCACAUAUAAAAUUACUGAGCGCUAACCUGAUUAUAAAACCUCUUGGUCCACUUCAUAUACAACAUGAAAAAUGAAUAUGGAUUAUCAGCUGCCUUUCUAUGGGCGGGGGGAAUGCUAGUACAGUGGUACCUCGACUUACGAAGACGAUCCGUUCCGCGACCGUCUUCGUAAGUCGAAGUCUUCAGUUGUCGAAGCACCGCUUCUGCGCAUGCGUGAAGUGCGAUUUCACGCUUCUGCGCAUGUACCGACUGCGUGCGCCGCUUUGCGCAGGCGCAGGGUGUGCGCAGCGAAAAGACUUCCAGGGUUGUCGACUUCGGAAGUCUAAACCUUCGGAAGUCGAAGCGUUCGGUUGUCAAGGUACCACUGUACAGCACCAAUACCUAUGGAGGGACACUUCUAAUUAAUUGGAUAUAGACAUAGGUGGAUCAAUAGUUUGACAGUAUAAAGCAGAUUUGUCGGUUAAUAUCGGAGAUACAGUGUGGUCUGUUAUGAAUGCACAAAUGUGCACACAUUGGUUACAAGCCUCAGUAAAAUAGUUGCGCUGCAGCCUAGGUUUUCUUACACUGAAAUUAUCUACAUGAAGGGAAAAUGUCAUGUGGAAAGAGGACUGUACACUAGAGCAAUUCCAACUGUGCAGAUUUAACAUGAAAAUAUGCUUUACUAGUCCUCGACCCCCACUUCAGAAAUCUGCUCUUGAGUGCCUUAAUCUUUAUCCUCUUCCUAGAAUGGAUCUUUAGUGGAUCUUGAAAUUGGUUUCUCUGUGCCUAAGCUAUGGCAUUUAAUCUCAGAUCUUAUUACACAGUGGUUAGCUUUUUAACAUUCCUUUCUACACUUUGUGGAUUUUGUUUAACUUUCACGACACUUGCUUUCUUAUGCUCUAGUACUCUUUAAUAACAAUUUUCUGCUUUGACAGCAUCAGCUGAAACUUUUUUUGAUGGUGUUGAAAGCUUGGAUUUACUUUCAACUUUCUAGUGUAAAGUUCAGGUCUUUGGAGUGUGUAGAAAUUUAUUGACACAUUAAAAUGGUGCUGGCAGCUUCCGUGAGACCAGGGGUGGGCAACGGUGGCGGUGAUGGAAGUAAUUAUGAUUUAUUUUGGCCAGUGCCAUUUAUCAUGUGUUAGCACUUGAGAAAUAAUGUGGCAAUGGAUGUAUGGGGCAUCUCCCUUGCUAGCAAAGUACGGGAAAGGAAAACGUAAGCCUCAGGGUACAUCAGGUAUGCACAGAACACUUGUGACACUUCUUGCUGUGAGACUGUAGCACCAGGUUGGAGGCAUGAAAAACAAGCAUGGUAUGGCACAAGCAAGCCCUCAGCCUGCACCAUAGGUCAGAUCGUGACAACGUCACAUCGUCUGCUGGCUCUGGAAGCACUUUUCUGGAGUGCAAAUAAGUGUGUGUGUGGUGGUAGAGGAACAUUCCAGGCUUGAAACUUUGAUAUAUGUGAAGGUCUGAUGUACAUGACUCCUCAAAAGAAGCCCACCAUGAUGCAGCAUGUUGCAUUCCCAGCAUUAAUUCAUUGUGUUGUGGCUUUUGCUCAGGGAAACUUUCAGGGGCGUACCCAGGAUCAAAACUAGGCAAGGGGCGGGGCCAAGGCACGGGAGGGAAGGGAAGGGAGGAAGCGCGCACGACGGGCCUCUACCCACCAGCCCCGCCGGCAGCGCCGCUCUCGUGCGCUGGCCCUACUUCGGGGGGGCAGCUGCCCCCCUGCCCCCGCACUGGGUACGCCCAUGGAAACUUUAUUUGAAGUGCCAUUAGAUAACAACCCCCCCUUCUUAUCUCCUUCCUUGGUGGAAUAGACUGAGCACAUUGCAAAGCAGCAAUGUACUGUAGUUGACUUUCCAUGGGCUAAGGAAGGGACCUGUAGUUCUUUAACCUCUUUCCUUUUUUUGGACUCGCAGUGCCCGAGUUGAUCAUGCCUUGUAGAUAAUACGGACUAGAAUAGUCUACACUGGCUGUUGCUGGCAACAGCAGACCUGGGUUUGGUGGGCAGCCUUUUGACAAUAUGCCAUAUUGUUGCGCAUAAACAUACUUGUUUGGUGUGUACAUGUGCCUUACUGUCAUAACAAAUGUGUUUUAUACAAAUAAAUUCAAAACUGUUUUAA